AUGGAGGGUGCCACAGCUACUGCCGGGAGAGCAAUGAUGAACGGUGGAGAUUUGUCCAGGAGAUUAUCUGCCCGUCCGAUUCCGAAGAGGGGUCAGGUGAAGAUGGGAAUUGUGGUGGGAUUAGCCAAUUCUGUGGCUUCCAUCUUUGGUCCUCACCGCCGUCCAUCAAUGCACAGCCAGUCAAGGAACAACUCCUAG